AUGUUGCCAUCCAAUUAUCAAGAGAGCAGCCACAGCAACAACAAUACUCCGCUCUUCUCGAAUAGUGGUAUCAGCAUUAUUGGGCGUCGCGAUAGUGCUGGCUCGCUUUCUGGCCAUCUAUUACAGCAGCAGCAGCAGCAGCAGCAACAACAGCAGCAGCAACAGCAACAACAGGCAGGCAUGGUCAACAUGUUCCCCACCGCCGGGCACCAAAUGGACCUUAAUCAUCUAUGGCAGCAGGUUCAGGAGCUUAGUGCGAUCCUGGCGCAGAACAGAGAGAGUACAGCUGGGUUAGUCAGAAGGGCUGAUGAGAUCCGAGUAUGUCACAUCUUAACCUAGGAUAAAGGGGGGGGGAAGCCCUUUCGCUGUUACCGGGAGGUAUUUACUGAUGAUUGCCCUGAUCUAUAAGAGUCGAACAAACCCAGGGGAGGCACUACCACAUCUGCGAGAAUCCAACGGCGAAGCAAAUGGUUAGUGAGCGUGGGGAAUCGAGGGGCGGGGUAUUUACGGUUGUGCUGAGUUGAUCGCUCUUCAUAUGUAGGCACUCACGAUGUCGAUUUUGAAGCGGAAAACCGUGCGCUGCGUCAGGAAAACCACAAUCUCCAAACAGAAAACGAGGAUCUUUCACUACUGGUUCAGGACUACGAGACGGUACUGGACAAAGUCCUAGAAGGUCUGAGGGUCUACGCUGUGAGUCUAGCUCAUCGCUAUCUGCUGCCACUCCCCGGGGGGGUUGUUCCCUAUCCCGGUUUCUGACCGCCUUUAUAGCACGAGAACACUGUUUCCACAAUCAAUAUCCAUCAAACAUACACGAACCAGCUCGCAAGUGAACGGCAAGCGAACGCGGUCCUACGUCAGAACGAGACCGAGAGCCAGGCGCGAUUAACAAGGAUCAGCAAGAUGCUCAGGGAAGCAUAUGAGCAGGAUACGGCUUUGGAGCCGGAAAUUCUUAUUGAAGGAUUAAAGGUCGAGAACGAUGCCCUGAGAGAGGCGCUUGGCUUACCUAAAGAGGAGGAGGAAGAGGAAAUCAGCCCGGUGUGACCGCGUAAAUUGACGCGUUUGUGAGGGAUCGUAGUAGAGGUGGAGGACAAGUGAGCAGCGAUAGAAAAGCGGAAAUAGAGAUUUGAUGAGAAGAAGGCAGGGCGAAUGACGAGGUUCACGCGUGCCCUUCUCUGACUGGAUAGCCUGUAAGCAAUGGCUUUUCGUAUACCGUACUUGUAUCAUUUCUAUACUUCUUUCUUUUCUUUUUCGGUAAAGCAACUGGGAGCCGGAGUCAGGUCAUGGUAAAAAAAAAACAUGGGGGGUGGGUGGGAAGGAUCAACAGGUUUUUACGAAUUGGGGGAAACCGUCGUAAAGUUAACGACAAAGCUGUAAACAAAACUAGCUACGGCACCAUAAUAAAUAAGUCCGUCCAAACCGAACUUAUUCGUUUUCCAGAGCCCGCAGUCACGGACUUGCAGUUACUCAGAGUUGUGGUUCAGGCAGAAGGUAACAUUGUAUGGAACUACCGGUACCAUACGAGCACAGUUUCCCAUGCCCUUCCCCACGGGCUCGGGCAAAACAAAUACCGUGGAGUGUUUGAGACGUCGCGAGAUGGAUAAUUUAGAGAAGAAGGCGAGGGGAGGGGGGGUGGUAUCGCACGGUUCCGGUGUCCGGAGUUCAUUCUGUGCCGUGAGAGUAGAGCUAUUUCGGGUGGUCAACCCACCGGUAGAGUACUCGAGUAUCGUACCGGAAUUUAGCGAAGGGGGAAGGGAUUGAUUCCUUCCCCUGACCCUGCGCCGUCUUGUCUCAACUCUGUUCAUGGAGUGAGAUGUGUCGCGACAUGUGAGCAGCAGGGCGACCAAGGGCCGGCUCGAGUCCUCCACCAGCUCCUGAAAGAGAAAGAGUGCUCUCUUC